UAUAUAAACGAGCCGAGAGCGGGGGGCGGAAACCCUAAGCAGAGUGGGGAAAGGCGUCUUCGUACUCGCCUCUCUCCGCGCAUCCUAGCCUUCGCCCUCCUCCUUCCCCAUUUCGCCAGCGGCGCAGCCCACCAACCACCCCCACCCGCCGCCAUGAGGGAGUGCAUCUCGAUCCACAUCGGCCAGGCCGGCAUCCAGGUCGGGAACGCGUGCUGGGAGCUCUACUGCCUCGAGCAUGGCAUUCAGCCUGAUGGCCAGAUGCCCGGUGACAAGACCGUUGGGGGAGGUGAUGAUGCUUUCAACACCUUCUUCAGCGAGACUGGUGCUGGGAAGCAUGUCCCCCGUGCUGUCUUUGUAGAUCUCGAGCCCACUGUGAUUGAUGAGGUGAGGACUGGUGCUUACCGCCAGCUCUUCCACCCUGAGCAGCUUAUCAGUGGCAAGGAGGAUGCAGCCAACAACUUCGCCCGUGGUCAUUACACCAUUGGCAAGGAGAUUGUUGAUCUGUGCCUUGACCGUAUCAGGAAGCUUUCAGACAACUGCACUGGUCUCCAGGGAUUCCUUGUAUUCAACGCUGUUGGAGGUGGAACUGGCUCUGGCCUUGGCUCGCUUCUCCUGGAGCGCCUCUCUGUUGACUAUGGAAAGAAGUCCAAGCUUGGGUUCACGGUGUACCCAUCUCCCCAGGUCUCCACCUCUGUUGUUGAGCCAUACAACAGUGUCCUGUCCACCCACUCACUCCUUGAGCACACUGAUGUCUCUAUCCUUCUUGACAAUGAGGCCAUCUAUGACAUCUGCCGCCGCUCCCUUGACAUUGAGCGCCCAACAUACACCAACCUCAACAGGCUUGUUUCUCAGGUCAUUUCAUCACUGACAGCUUCCCUGAGGUUUGAUGGUGCUCUGAAUGUUGAUGUCAAUGAAUUCCAGACCAACUUGGUGCCCUACCCGAGGAUCCACUUCAUGCUUUCCUCCUAUGCCCCAGUGAUCUCAGCUGAGAAGGCUUACCAUGAGCAGCUGUCCGUUGCUGAGAUCACCAACAGCGCCUUUGAGCCUUCGUCCAUGAUGGCCAAGUGCGACCCCCGCCACGGCAAGUACAUGGCCUGCUGUCUCAUGUACCGUGGUGAUGUUGUGCCAAAGGACGUCAACGCUGCUGUGGCCACCAUCAAGACCAAGCGCACUAUUCAGUUUGUUGACUGGUGCCCCACUGGCUUCAAGUGUGGUAUCAACUACCAGCCACCAGGUGUCGUCCCAGGCGGUGACCUUGCCAAGGUUCAGAGGGCUGUGUGCAUGAUCUCCAACUCCACCAGUGUCGUCGAGGUCUUCUCCCGCAUCGACCACAAGUUUGACCUGAUGUACGCCAAGCGUGCCUUCGUCCACUGGUACGUCGGUGAGGGCAUGGAGGAGGGAGAGUUCUCUGAGGCCCGUGAGGAUCUCGCUGCCCUGGAGAAGGACUAUGAAGAAGUUGGUGCUGAGUUCGACGAGGGCGAGGACGGUGAUGAGGGCGACGAGUAUUAAGCCUGCCUCCUGGUGCUUUCCCAAGGCUUGCUACUGCUAUCCUAUGAUCUGCCCGAGUGGCUUUAUCUGUUAUCUGUCUGUUUGAACGUUUGCUUUGUGGUGUUUGUUUUACAACCUGUUGUGUUGUAAGAACCUUGUAUCUUUGAACCUGCUUUGCACCUUGGUUAAUAUGCAUGCUAUCUGGUUAUCUA